AUAUUUCCUCUCACCCACCUAUUCUUGAUACACAUUUUAUGACCAUUUCCCCCAUAGUCUAGGCACAAGGAUUUUUCCUUUUUAAUGGAUUGCUUGGUCUUGCCGGUGACUAUCUUGAAGAGGCGCUGCACGGGGUCACGGCUAGGCUACCGGCCUUUAACCGAAGAUGGGUUCGAGGAGUCGGGGCAUCAAGUGACCGUGGUGGUCGGGAAGGAGAAGAGAGAAUUCUUGGUGGAUCCAUUUGUGCUAGAAGAAAACCCCUUUCGGGUUUUGAUUGAGAUGAUGAAGAAGAAUGAUCAGGAGAAGAAUUUUGUUGUGGAUCAUAGGAGCAAGAAGAGGGUGAUUUUCGUGGAUGUGGAUUCGAUUUUGUUCGAGCACAUGUUGUGGUUGAUGUAUAAUGAUUGUUCUUCUUUGUUUAAGCUCAACCUCAAGGAGAUAAUUGACUUCUAUUCUCAAGAUUACUAGCUAGAUCAGGAGGAACACACAAAAACAUACAUAUAUGUAGAGGUACUGUACUAACUUUGAGUUUGUCGGUGUCCCUCUGUAAAGGAAAUUUUUAUACUAUAUAUCCUAAACUCGCAAUAAUACACAUGUUCAUGAAUAACAUUAUUA